AUGGUGCAAUCACGAGCGGGCGUUGUGCUCGCCACGUUCACUCUCGCUUCCCUUACACUCUUCUUCUACGCCUUUGCCUCCAGCUCUCCGGAGGCUCACAACUAUCAUGAGCAGCAGCCGCUGGGAAACGAGGAGCUAAGUUGGCAACAUACAAAGCGAGUGGCCAUCAUUGGUGCUGGUUCGGGGGGUUCCUCAGCCGCUUAUUACCUUCGCAAAUAUGCCGGAACGCAACCAGUAAACAUAACUAUCUUUGACACCAAGAAUUACAUUGGCGGUCGCAGUACUACGGUAAAUGUCUAUAACGACCCAACAGAGCCUGUAGAACUCGGUGCAUCAAUCUUCGUCUCAGUAAAUUACAACCUUAUGAACGCAGUCGAGGAAUUCGGUCUUGAUAUUUCUGGUUUUACUGAGGACCGCCCCGGUGAAGAAAAUGUAGAUCCACUUGCAGUCUGGGAUGGCUCAAAAUUUGCGUUCCGUCAAGCAUAUACAGAAGGAAAGCUCCAGGACUGGUGGAGCCUUGCUAAGCUUCUCUGGAAAUAUGGUCCUACUGCACCGAUGCGCACUAAAAAGCUGAUGUCCAGUACUGUGGGCAAGUUUCUCAACAUGUACGAGGCGCCACUAUUCCCGUUCUCUUCCCUCUCUACUGUGGUUGAGGAAGCUGGUCUGUUGGAAGCUACGUCUGACACCGGGGAGCAAUAUCUGGUUAAAAAUGGCAUUAAUGGGAAAUUCCCGACAGACCUCAUCCAAGCAUCAACUCGCGUGAACUAUGGUCAAAAUCUGGGUCUUAUCCACGGAUUGGAGACGAUGGUCUGCAUGGCCACCGACGGUGCUGUGAGUGUUCGGGGUGGAAACUGGAGGAUCUUCUCGGGCAUGGUCGACGCCUCCAAAGCUGAAGUGAGAUUGGGAACCAGGGUUUCCUCAGUCACCCGCGAUCCCAACGGCCCAAACCCCAAGACUUGGGUUCUCAGCUCCCAUGGCCCAUCCGGAGAGGUCGUGGAAGAGGAAUAUGACGAUGUUAUCCUCGCAUCGCCAUAUCAGUUCUCAGAAUUAACAAUCAGUCCCGAACUCAAAAAGACACCCGACGAAAUUCCUUAUGUAACUCUUCACGUGACACUCUUUACCUCACCAAACAAGCUGGACCCCGAAUUUUUUGGUUUGCCUGUUGGAGACCGAGUCCCUGAAGCUAUCCUCACCACACUCAACGAAACCGAGCAAGCCUCUGAACGAUUCACUCGCGGCACAAGUUCUGAUGCAGUGGGCUCAGUGGGCUUCUUUUCCAUCUCUACCCUCCGUAGUACUGUCAACUUCAACCUUGAUCCUGGCAGCCCUUCCACCGACGAGAACACCCGAAAAGGUCGAUACGAGUACCUCUACAAAGUUUUCUCGCCCAAGGAAUUCACAGAUGCUCAGCUAUACGAGAUACUAGGCGCAAAGACUGCGGAGGAGGCGAAGAUCAGCUGGUCGUAUAGAAAGAUAUGGCAAGCAUACCCGUACUUGUACCCCAGAGUCACAUUUGAAGACCCAAUUAUGGAUACAGGACUGUGGUAUACCAGCGGCAUCGAGAGCUUCAUCAGCACUAUGGAGACUAGCAGUUUGAUGGGUAUGAAUGUUGCGAAGUUGAUUGCAAACGAGUGGGAGAAGGAGGCAGAGUUGAAGAUGAAGUAUCAUAACGAGAACGGGCUGUAA